UAUUUCCCAUGGUAUUUUAAAGAGAAAUGUAGACCUGGAAUUUUACCAAUUAGGGUAAAAAGAAUAAGAAAAAAGGAGAGGAGGAAGAGUAGGAGACAGAGAACUCAACUCCUUUGAAACAACAGAAUCUGCAUAGACUUCUGAGGAGAGACUCAUUUAAAAGAGAAUGAAGACCAUUUUGGAAGAAGAAAAACAGUCUUAUUAUGAAGUGAAGACCACAUGGGUGAGCACAUAGCUCUGUGGAAGAACUGCAGACCACGAUCAAACAAGUUUUUUUUUUUCAGGAUGACUUUAUUAUAUCAAUUGGUACAUUUCAUUUUAUUUGCUUCAGUUUCCAGUGAUUGUGUGACUGAGCUGUUCAAUAAUACCUAUUUUCAAGAAGGAGACAUUGCUACUACUUUUACUCCAAGUGCGAAGCAUUGCCAAGUAGUCUGCACCCUUCACCCUAGGUGUUUGCUUUUCACAUUUAUAACUGAAUCAUCUGAAGAUCCUACCAAAUGGUUUACUUGCAUACUGAAAGACAGUGCUACAGGAACGCUGCCAAAAGUGAAUAUGUCAGGAACAAUUUCUGGAUAUUCUUUCAAACAAUGCCCACACCAAUUAAGUGCUUGCAACAAAAAUGUUUACAUAAACCUAGACAUGAAGGGUCUCAACUAUAAUGCCUCUAUUACAAAAAGUGUGCAGGAAUGCCAAGAGAGAUGCACAAAUGACAUCCAUUGUCACUUUUUCACAUAUGCAACAAGGCAGUUUCCCAGUGCAGACCAUCGUUAUGUUUGUCUGCUGAAGUACACUCAAACAAGCACACCAUCCAGAAUAGUGAAGCUCAAAUCUGUGGUGUCUGGAUUUUCACUGAAAUCCUGUGCACGUUCUCAUCUGGCUUGUAUUAGGGACAUCUUCCAGAAUACAGUGUUUGAGGAUAAAAAUGUUGACACUGUCAUGGCCCCAGAUGCCUUUGUCUGUCGUCAGAUUUGUACUCAUCAUCCCACUUGUUUGUUUUUCACCUAUUUUUCUCAAAGAUGGCCCAAAGAAGAUGAAAGAAAUCUUUGCCUCCUUAAAACUUCGAAGAGUGGACUACCAAGCACACGUAUUAAAAAGAGCAAAGCUCUUUCUGGUUUCAGUCUACAAAGCUGCAGGCACAGUGUUCCAGUGUUCUGUCAUACCUCAUUUUACCAUGACACUGAUUUCUUGGGAGAAGAACUGGACAUUGUUGAUGUCAAAGGCCAUGAAGCAUGCCAGGGAGCAUGUACUGACACUAUUCGCUGCCAAUUUUUCACCUAUUCCCCAACUCAAGAAUCUUGCAAUGGAGGGAAGGGUAAAUGUUACUUAAAGCUUUCUUCAAAUGGAUCUCCAACUAAAAUACUUCAUGGGAGAGGAGGCAUCUCUGGAUAUACUUUAAGAUUAUGUAAGAUGGACAAUGCAUGUACAACCAAAAUCAAGCCCAGAAUUGUGGGAGGGACGGCAUCUGUUUUUGGCGAGUGGCCCUGGCAGAUAACUUUGCACAUCACUUCACCUACCCAGAGACACCUGUGUGGAGGCUCCAUCAUUGGAAACCAGUGGAUUUUAACGGCAGCUCACUGUUUCAUCGAGGUUGAGUCACCUAAACUGCUGCGUGUCUAUAGUGGCAUUUUAAAUCAGUCAGAAAUAAAAGAGGACACACCUUUCUUUGGGGUUCAAAAAAUAAUAAUUCAUAAUCAAUAUGAAAUGGCAGAAAAUGGGUAUGACAUUGCCUUGUUGAAACUGGAAACAACAAUAACUUACACAGAUUCUCAACGACCCAUAUGCCUCCCUUCCAAAGGAGAUAGAAAUGUAAUAUAUACAGACUGCUGGGUGACUGGAUGGGGAUACAGAAAAUUAAGAGACAAAAUACAAAAUACUCUCCAAAAAGCUCAGAUACCCUUGGUGACUAAUGAAGAAUGCCAGACAAGAUACAGAGGAUAUAAAAUAACCAACAAGAUGAUCUGUGCAGGCUAUAAGGAAGGGGGGAAAGAUGCUUGCAAGGGAGAUUCAGGAGGCCCCCUCUCCUGUAAACACAAUGAAGUCUGGCAUUUGGUGGGUAUCACAAGUUGGGGAGAAGGUUGUGCUCAGAAGGAACGACCUGGUAUUUAUACCAAUGUGGUUGAGUAUGUGGACUGGAUUUUGGAGAAAACUCAAACAUCUCAAGAGGAGUCACUUCAUCCGUGAAGGGUGAAAGCCUCCCUGGAAGAAGGUUUUUCCUUUACUGAAGAUACUACACCAUCAUUUUCCUCCACAGGGUUAUAAUACAAAGAUGAUACAAAUGAAAGGGAUUUGGUGUUUCUAAGAUAUGCCAAAAACAAACAAGAAGUGAUAAUUUUCAAAACUUUCAUCUCAUGAUAAUCAAAGUUAAUGUUCAGCAUUCAGUUUCUUGUUUUUUAUCACAUCUUUACUGUGCCAAAGAAAUACUACUAUCUGCUCAUUUUUAAUGAUUAAAGUAUAACCACAUGUGUCAAAAAACAAUCCAGUAUAAACACCAAAGGAACAGGCAGAA